GAUAAUUUACAUAUUAUUUAUUAUAAAGAAGACGAUUCGUUUUACAAACUUUGUAUUUCAUCAUUUAUAUUUCAUUUCUACUUCGUUGGUUUAACAUAAUCUCAUACAAUGCGUGAAUGCAUCUCGAUCAAUUGUGGCCAAGCUGGUGUUCAAAUAGGGAACGCCUGUUGGGAACUUUAUUGCUUGGAACACGGUAUCCAACCUGAUGGACAAAUGCCUUCAGACAAAACCGUUGGAGGAGGUGACGACAGUUGUAACACAUUCUUCAAUGAAACAGGGGCUGGUAAACAUGUCCCCAGGGCAGUGUUCAUGGACUUAGAACCCACUGUAGUCGACGAAGUACGAACUGGAACAUACCGUCAAUUGUUCCAUCCAGAACAACUUAUCAGUGGAAAGGAGGACGCAGCCAACAAUUAUGCGAGAGGUCAUUAUACAAUAGGGAAAGAAAUAGUCGAUCUAGUAUUAGACCGCAUUCGAAAAUUGGCGGAUCAAUGCACUGGUCUUCAGGGAUUUCUCAUCUUCCAUUCAUUCGGCGGUGGUACAGGUUCAGGAUUUACAUCCCUUCUAAUGGAACGGCUAUCCGUUGAUUACGGAAAAAAGUCUAAAUUGGAAUUCGCAAUUUACCCAGCUCCACAAAUUUCAACAGCUGUUGUUGAACCAUACAACUCAAUUCUGGUAACACACACAACGUUGGAGCAUUCUGAUGCUGCUUUCAUGGUAGAUAACGAAGCAAUUUACGAUAUUUGCAGAAGAAACUUGGACAUUGAAAGACCUACGUACACAAAUUUAAAUAGACUGUUAGGUCAAAUGGUUUCUUCACUGACGGCGUCAUUACGUUUUGAUGGCGCAGUAAACGUAGACUUAACGGGUUUUCAAACGAAUUUAGUACCUUAUCCCCGGAUUCAUUUUCCCCUUAUGACCUACGCUCCGGUCAUUUCAGCGGAGAAGGCGUACCAUGAGCAACUUUCAGUACCUGAAAUUACGAACGCCUGCUUUGAACCAGCAAAUCAAAUGGUUAAAUGCGAUCCACGUCAUGGAAAAUACAUGGCCUGCUGUUUGCUGUAUAGGGGAGAUGUUGUUCCGAAGGAUGUGAAUGCAGCAAUUGGAACAAUUAAAACGAAACGUACAAUUCAAUUCGUAGACUGGUGUCCGACAGGAUUCAAAGUUGGUAUUAAUUACCAACCGCCUACAGUUGUUCCUGGAGGCGAUUUAGCUAAAGUACAGCGUGCUGUUUGCAUGAUUGCCAAUACAACCGCCAUCGCAGAAGCCUGGGCUCGCUUGGAUCAUAAAUUUGACCUGAUGUACUCGAAGCGAGCUUUCGUUCAUUGGUAUGUAGGUGAAGGAAUGGAGGAAGGUGAAUUUUCUGAAGCACGUGAAGAUAUGGCAGCACUGGAAAAGGAUUUUGAAGAAAUUGGUAUGGAUUCUGGAGAGGGCGAAGGAGAAGGUGAAGAAUGAUUGUUG